CAAUACGAAUCUAAAGCCCAACCCUUGCUACAGUUUGACAGUUGACUUCCCCAGGCAAUUUACUUGUAAUGCCGUCAUUCAUACGCACAACGUCGUCAUUAUAGCAGCCAGGACGUAAUUUUUGUGAAUAAUGUUUGUCCGGGAGGUGGAAUUCGAGGACAUUAACAAGACCCUCAGCAUCUAUCAGGAAAAUGAGGGAGACGUUGGAUGCGUCGUGUGGGACGCGGCCCUUGUCGCUGCCAAGUACCUGGAGAGGCAUCGGGAAAAGCCAGAGAAAAAUGUAGUGGCCGGUUGCAGCGUUGUGGAACUUGGUGCUGGAACUGGAUUCCUUGGAUUAGCUGCAGCUCUUUUAGGGGCUUCACAGGUAACCAUUACUGAUCUUCCAGAAUUUGUCCACUUGAUGGAGAAAAAUAUCAAGGAGAAUCGCCACAUAAUACAAGACCAGGUGAAAGCUAAGGUUUUGGAAUGGGGCAACAAAGAACACAUGGAUGCCAUCGAUAAACCCAAAGUCAUUCUCGUUGCAGAUUGUAUUUACUAUGAACAGUCGCUGGAACCCCUCAUUUCAACGCUGAGGAGUAUAUCCGGCUCUCACACGACCAUCCUGCUGAGUUAUGAGGAACGGACCUCGGGAAACAAACUGCACCUGCAGAAAAAGUUUUUCGAAUUAAUGGACCAAUUUUUCACAAAAACAAAAAUACCUAUCGAAGACCAUCACGAAGUUUAUAGCAGUGAUGAAAUUCAUCUGUAUAAAUUUUGCCUGAAAUAAUGGUUGCAUUCUUUAGGCUUGAACUACCUCUUUUAAUUGUUUACUUUUUUAUGGUUGUUAUCUUGCGUCUGCGGAGCAUCUUCCGAAUAAAACUAUUUUAUUGUA